CGCAGCCGCCGGGAGGGGAGGGGCCGCUGCGGCGCAUGCCCCGCGCGUCUCUCCCCGGCGGGAGCUGAGCCGGGGUCCGUUCGGCCGCCCCGCACGCCGCCCCGCGCCGUGCCCGCGCUGAGGGGUAGCGGCGGCAGGAGCCCGCGGGGGCCGCCCGCGCCGCGGCCAUGAACGCCGAGAACUUCGCCUCCGGCGAGCGGCUGGUGACGGCGGCCUACGUGCGGCAGGGGGCGCAGGGCCGCCGCGGCCACGAGCUGCGGCUGCGGGCCCUGCUGGAGCAGGGAAAAUGUCCUGAAGAUGGAUGGGAUGAAAGCACCAUUGAACUGUUUCUUCAUGAGCUCGCUAUCAUGGAUAGCAAUAACUUUCUGGGCAACUGUGGUGUGGGUGAGAGGGAAGGAAGAGUGGCAUCAGGACUCGUUGCCCGAAGGCAUUACAGGUUGAUCCAUGGAAUUGGAAGGUCGGGUGAUAUUUCUGCAGUCCAGCCCAAAGCUGCAGGGUCUAGCCUUUUGAACAAACUUACUAAUUCAGUAGUUCUGGAUAUUAUAAAGCUGGCUGGUGUCCGGACAGUGACCAAUUGCUUUGUGGUUCCUAUGGCAACUGGCAUGAGUCUAACUCUGUGUUUUUUAACAUUGCGGCACAAGAGACCAAAGGCCAAAUACAUUAUCUGGCCACGUAUAGACCAGAAAUCUUGCUUUAAAUCAAUGAUAACUGCAGGUUUUGAGCCUGUGGUGAUAGAAAAUGUAUUGGAAGGUGAUGAGCUACGGACAGACAUUGAAGCAGUGGAGGCUAAAAUCAAGACUCUUGGUGCUGAAAAUAUUCUUUGUGUGCAUUCUACAACAUCUUGCUUUGCUCCAAGGGUACCUGACAGACUGGAGGAACUGGCUGUGAUUUGUGCUAAUUAUGACAUUCCCCAUAUUGUCAACAAUGCGUAUGGCGUUCAGUCUUCAAAGUGUAUGCAUCUUAUCCAGCAGGGUGCUCGAGUUGGCAGAAUAGAUGCUUUUGUUCAGAGCUUGGACAAAAACUUUAUGGUUCCAGUAGGUGGUGCUAUCAUUGCUGGCUUCAAUGAGUCCUUCAUUCAGGAGAUCAGCAAAAUGUAUCCAGGAAGAGCAUCUGCGUCUCCUUCCUUAGAUGUCCUCAUUACACUUCUGUCUCUAGGUACCAGUGGCUACAAACAGUUACUGAAAGAGAGAAAGGAGAUGUUUUCCUAUCUUUCAAGUGAGCUGAAGAAGCUGGCAGAUACCUACAAUGAGAGACUGUUAGACACACCACAUAAUCCCAUUUCCUUAGCCAUGUCACUGAAGAAUCUAGAUGAAAAUAAUGGUGCUGCUGUUACAGAGCUUGGAUCUAUGCUUUUCACAAGACAAGUUUCUGGAGCAAGGGUUGUUCCGUGUGGAUCUGUGCAAACAGUGAAUAACUAUACUUUUAAAGGCUUUAUGUCACAUGCAAAUGACUAUCCCUGUGCUUACCUUAAUGCUGCUUCAGCAAUUGGAAUUAAAAAGCAAGAUGUAGAUAUAUUCCUAAAAAGACUCGACAAGUGUUUGAAGACUACUAGAAAAGAAGCAAAGAAAGAAAAAAGUGUAAAUGAAAUAAGUCAUUCUAACACAGACACAGAACAACUUGAAGACUAGAAGAUACCAUUUCAGUAAUGCAGGAAGAAAUGCUUUUAAGUAUCUCAGGUUUGUAUUGUGUUAGCAUUGUGAAUCUGCAGUGCAGAAAAUUUAUUCCUGAUCUGCAAACAAUAACAAAAAAUUAGUUGGGUGAAACUCAGCUUUAAAUAAAGUAGGUGAUACUCUCCCCAAGACAGGGCCAGACGUAAGUUUUUGCAGUAUAUAAAUAUCUGACUUAAUAUCUGCCAAAGUGAUGCUUAACAUUUACAAAGACCUUGAGCUGGCCUUUCAGUCUGUGGGUGACUACGUGGACCAGUGUUCAGCAAAUCACAGAAUGCUUUUUCACGUGUUUUUGAUUAACAAGGUUUCCCAUGGCUGGGAUUUCAUUCUUUCCUGGGUAUAGACUAUCCAGCAAGAAAUGUUUCACAGCUCUCAAAACCUCUCUUGCUUCUCACCAGCAUACUUGCCACUUUUAAUUUAUUUUCAAAGAUCUAUAUAAAUGUUGGAAUAGCCCUUACUAAAUACUAUGUUAAAACUGCACAAGGAAAUGAUAGAGAUGGAAUAGUGGUGGUUUUCACUACUUCUUUUCACCAGUAGUGUUCUCACCCCUGAUGAACUGCCUAGAACAAAGCAGCCCUCAGUGGCAAAGGAAAACAGAAUGCCUCAUGUCCUGUCAGUUCUCAGCUUUUGGAAACAUUUGUAUAGUUGAGCAACCCAAAGGAAUUUUAAUAAUUAAAGUAAGGAGUUGUGGAGUGGAAAGGUACAAUCAUCUUUUUUUGUUCCUUAUUUUUGUUCUCCCCUUUUUUCCAUUUCAUCUUUUCUGUGAUAGAGUGAUCAGGUCAGAGACCCACUGAAAGGAGGAAUGCCUUGUGGGAUUAAUGCAGUAUUUUCAAGAGCCAGUGAGACCCGAGGGUAUUUUGGCAUUUUUAGUCCAUUGUUAAAAUUUAUAGACUUCCAUUUCUGAAAUGUCUCUUGCCAUUGGCACUGUUGCUUCUGUCGCUGUGUGUGCAGUUGCUGAUUUGAGUUCAUUAAGCAAACAAUAGAUUCAGUCUGUUCCUGAAACAAAGGUUCUGUGUCACUGGAGUGACAGUGCUAUAGGUUGCAAAACUUUUAGUUACUCUUAAAUCCAGUUACUACAUUGGAUGUAGUUUUUAUGUCAUUUACUAUUCAAAGUGAGCUUAAUGUUCCAAGACAUUGUCUUUGUCUCUCUCUAAUGUAGUAAUACUUGGGACACCACAAUUAAUGAGUUCUAAAUGUCAGGAAAUAUUCAAGCUACUUUGGUGGGAUCUGAGACAUCUAUCCUUCAGAGCCCUCUGUAAAUUGCUUAAUCAAAAUAGUGCUGCUUUUGAAAGGAUUGUCUAUCCAACAUGUUCAAAUUAGUUGUUACAAGGGGUGAUGUUAAUAUGUAGAAGUUAAUAGAAUGCUAAUUAUCAUUAAGCUGCUCUCACUUAGUGAGGUCCAUUAUAUCUUAAGCUUAAAUUGAAUUGCUGCUUCUACAUUGGUAUUGCCACAGUGACACGUGAGAUUAAAGCUUGACAAGGUAUGGCCCCUGGGCUACAGUCACAGUUGUUUCUUGCUGUACAAACACAUUCUAGGAGAAAUGUAAUUUAACUUGGCCACUGAGUCCUUGUGGCUAUAAGGAUAUGUAAAUUUCUCUCCUUUUUUUUUUUUUUUUUUUUUCCCCCUCACCAGUUUUUCCAGCCAGUAAAGCUUUUCCCCAAGCUUGGGAGCCAAAGCUCUGCAGCUCACUGCCUCAGUAUUCAGUAUAUUGGAGCAGCCAGUGAAAACCACAAAGUCCUUAGUGAUACCUUCCUUCCUGGUUUUCAAUACUGCUGUUCUGUGCCUGGAUGACUAUAAAUUACUGAUUUAGAUGACUAGUCACAUUAUGUGAACAUUAGAACUAUUGUUACGAGAGUUUAGGGAGGUGCCUGGUAGCAACUAAAAUAAGCAUUUGAUGAAUAAUAACUUGAAACUGAAUAAAGAAAAGCGCAGUUGCCUUCCCUGAGAGGAAGAAGCCUCUGCUUUUUAUGGUCUCAUAAUAAAUUGUCUGCUGCAAAUAAUUCACUCACUUCUACUGUAGACUGAACUGCUUUCUCAGGUAGUGUUUUGUCUGUCUUUGAAAUGUCUCUGCAAACCAGUAUCCGGGGAAAGAAUUAAGUGGUUUGCUUUGAUUUUGACAUUUUCUUAAUAAAAACCACAAACCUCCCAAAAAAUGGAACAAAAUAAUUUAAGAUGAUGGCUUUAGUUUAAAAAAAAAAUAAAAAAAAAUUUGUGUCUUUAAAGUUCUCCACAAAUCUUGGUGAUGCCACCUGACGUAUGGAAAUUUAAAAUAGUCUGAGACAUGUUCCCAAUCAUGAUGUAUAAACUCUUGAACUCUCGUUAUGUUGCUUUAGUCAGCUGUUGUGCCAGUUUGCUGUUUUAUUUGCUUGCUUUGUCCCCAUAAAUGUCUUCAGUUGUAAUUAAUACAAAUUUUUUAGAGACAGAAGCAUUAUAUAAUGUCACUAUAAAUAAAAUGACAUUAAGUAAUUCAAAUGGCAAUAUACUUUCAAGUAAAUGGAGACUUGGUUAUCUGUGGUAUAUAUGACAUGGGAGAUUCAGUAGAUGAUUAACAGUAUUUUUCAAGGAAAAGUAUAAACCACUUAUUCUCUGUUCACUAAUAUCUAUAAUAAAGUAGUGAAAGAAUACCGGAACCUAGAGCUUAUGAGCAGAGUUUUCAUUUCCUUUGUAUAGCAGAUAAGGGGAGAUGUCAUGGCUACAGCAGGUCUUGCCCACUAACAGUAAUUUGCAAGAUGGUAAUGGGCAUAAAUUUGACAAAAUGCAGAGUAAAACAAAUAUAUCAACAAUAUUUGCCUACUAUGAAGUUCUAAGAUUGUACAGUGAAGUAAGAAUCUUAAUUAACUGUGCAGCCCUUUUCCUAAUCUCUACAUAAGCACAUGUCACUAAAGGCUUCCACAUAGCUCAGAAAUCUGCAAGAGACAACUUGCCAUCUCCAGCAUUCACAUUAUUAGUGAGACAUGGAGGAAGGCUGCCUGGGCUUCAGAGCAUCCUUGGGGUUUAUACAGCAAGGAUCCUUAGUAGAAACACCAGGAACAGAUGCCCAUUUAGUAAGGCUAUCUCACAGCUGCUAUUUAUGUAGCUACCUGUCUCCAUCAUCUUUUAGGUCACAGCACGUAGUUACCAGUCGCAAACAGGAAAAAGCAAGCACUUCAAAUAUUCCGCAAGAGCUGAGGGUACAGAAAGAGAAGUUUUAAGAGGUUACCAUUCUUGCUGCCUGGUCUGCUACUUGAAGUUAACGCCCUAUAGCACAGGUAGCAAAGUGACCUGUUUGCGUGGCAGCUACUGCAGUUAAUACAGUAUUGACAGAUACUGAAACUGGGGUCUGUUUGAGCAUUGCAAGUAUGAGAAGCAGUGGCUGUAGAGCUAGGACAUUUCCCACUCUGCUUCUGCAAAACAUGCAUUCGACAGAUACUUGCUCAAAUUGCUUCAGUCUGAAUCACCCAAGUGACUUUCCUCCCUUAUGGUGCCUGUAACUGCUCUGCUUGGUGAGCUUUUCUGUCCCUCUGAUGUUGGAUCUUAUGUUAUCUGGAUCUAUAUAUGUGGAAGAAAUGAAGGAGCAGAUGAGCAUGCCUUUAAAAAUAGCACUGGAAUAAUAUAGUGCAAGCAAACUGACACAGAAUGACCCAUCUCACAGGCUCACUCUUAGUUUACUUCUUUUGUAGUAUCUGAGAUAAUGAGCAAAACUGAGGACUGUUUGAGCAUAAUACUGCCUACCCACACUUUGUUCAUAAUGAUUGCCUAAGAUACAAAGCAAAUAAAAUCUACCAGAUGCAGCAAAUUCUCUUGAGCCUAAGAAAGCAAAAUUGUAAUGUUGCAAAUGUAAAUGCUGGCAUUGCAGCUUAAUACACAUAUAAACCGAGCAAUCUAUAUUGUGUUAUCAUCAUUUUUUAAGAAAGGCUGGAGCCCAGAGACUAGCAAAUGUUCUCAUCUGCAGUGUAUCAGCACUUCUCAGUCUUCAGCUGCUGUGUAGAUAAUAAUUCUAAUUGAAGAAUCAUUACAUUAAUCCAUAUGUGAAUGAUAGAUGGGCUAUAGCCUUUUGUUUGUGAUGCUUUAAAAACUGAGUUCCUCUUUUGAUUUUUAUAAGGGGUGAUUAGAUUGCCUUUUUAAAAAAAUGUAACAUUUUAACCAACCUGGCCUGACAGGAUUUGGAAUCUGAAGGAGAAACAUUUUCUGUAGCUGACAAAUUUUUUAAACAAUAGCUAUUUAAAUGUUUCAGUUGGGUUACAAAGUGACACUCCACAGAGAGAACCUUAGUUCAAACAGUUUGAAUUCUGAAACCAGUGCUGGAAAAAUUGUGCUCUAUGUGCUCUGUAAUAAUUGAUCUUCAUGUAUUAUACUUUUUCCUUCAAAGGUAACAGCAUACACUUUAGUGCAGUUUAGUAAUUCUUUUUAAAAUCAUAGUUAAAAGGCAUUUACUCUGUCACUCAUCAAGCAUCUGUCAUAUCAAAGUACUAGUAAUAUGUUUAUCUUGAUGGAUAAACUUCAGUGUUCUGGACUAAGUUCAGUGUAACUGGAUCAAGCUUUCAGUUCUCCUUUGGGGAUCCUAAAGUCACAUUCAUUAUCUAAUUAAGAUCGAUGUGAUAAUUAUAUCUGCUGUUGAACAGGAGUCUUUCAUCAUACCACAUUUCAACUAAAUUCUUUAGUGUGGCAUCAAAGCUGAUCCAGUUCAGAUGCUGAAUUGCUUUCUUAACAUGGAUGGGGAAAUUUAAUUUGCCUUUAGAUCCUGGAUUCAAACACAGGCUGAGUCAGCUAUAGCAAAAUUAUAACUGCUAUUUUUUUUACCUAAUAUGAAUAGAAAUGCAGUACUUUCAGCUGGAUGCUGCCUUUCCUGUUACUUAUUUUCUAAGAGCUGCAAACAUUAGGCCACCUACCAUCUGACACUUGCUGUGAGUUGUGGGGGGAGGAUGUUAGUCUUGUAAAAAUAACAUGAUAGCAACAGAGCUGUGUGCAUUAUUAGUCUUUAGACAUCCCAGGUAGGAAUACACCACUUCAAUGGGAAUUCAAGACCAACAUGUAGUGUUGCUACUGAUUCUUUCUCUCCAAAAGCUGUUUCUCAGGCUCAUUUCUUGUGAUUGAAGGGUACCCAAGGAGCACAUAGCCAAAAUACAGGGAAAAGGAACAAGGAACAUUUUGGAAGGUUUCUAGCUUGGCUAUACAUGUCUGGCUUUUGCUAUGUAUGAAGCUUAUAUUGCUAUGUAAACUCUUGAAAAAAUGUUUGCAGCCAUUCCCAUCCCUUACCUAAGGUGCUUCUGAACUGAAUUCAGUGCAGGGCCACCCCUGGAGGUGCUGGGGCAGGGUGUGCUGCUCCAACACUGCACCUGACCCACCACUCUCAGGUAGCAAUAAGGUCUGGCUGCAGGAGGAGAAUGUGAUGCCCAAGUGGGGGAAAGCAUUCCUGCUUUGCUUGGAUGCUGGACUGCCAAGUAGAUGUGACAACUAGAACCAGCUUGCAGACACCAAUACUGUUGAGCAGUUUUCUGGAGCCUGAGGAACUGCAGAUAGGAGUGCUUAGUUUGAUCUGUAGUAUGUCAAGUAAGGAAUGUAGCUAUUCAGAGAAGAAGAAUUUUCAAGUGUAACUACAGAGCAAAAACCUGCAACAGAUUGUAUAAACUCUUGAUUUAAAGACAAGUUGUCAUACUACUCUGUGUUUUCUUCUGGUUCUCCCUCUAAUUAAGCUAUAAUGCAGAUUCUGGCUUCUGAUUUUAUACAGCAUUUAUUUCAUUAGCAGUAGAGACAUUGGCUUAGUGGGUGGGAGGACUUGGGAUACAGUGCAAUACACAUUUUUUUAAUGGAAGGUAGGGAAAGAGUCUAGGAAGUUUAUAAAAAUAGAAAUAGCUUGAGAUGCUUGCUGUGCAGUUGGGGGGGUAGUGAGUCCAGCAGAAUCUGCGUAGGCAUAGUAAAGUCUUGGCCCACUGCACAGUGCAAGGAUAGAGAAUACUGUCAAAAUACAGCUCCAUGGCAUCGCAAUAGUAGGCUGCCCUCUAAUAGUAAUCAUUUCCAGUGCACUGUUCUUCCCUCACCCUGCUGAGUAUUUUGGGUGUUUUUUAAGGAGACUGUGCUAAUGCAUCAGCAAAAGGCUGAGGAGGGGGAAGGAUUGCCUACCACAGUGUUGCCAUCCCCACUGAUGCAGAACUUCACAUGCAAGAAGUUGACUGGAGCACACAAAGGCAGCAGGUGCAAGUACACAUGCCAUUGGCUUUUUUUGUUGAAGGGUUUAUCAUCAGUAAAUGGAUUUGAAUAUAAAAAAAUUUUAAUAAUGAUAUAACUGAUGCUAUUAAAGCUCAAGCUCGUAUUCCAUGCAGAUGGCACAAACCGUCACGCUCUGGUUUUCCCUUCAGUUUUGUUUCUAAAAAUUUCAGCUGAGUAUUAAAUCUGUGUCAGGGCGUGUGAGGUUUCAGAAGAGUUGCACACCAUAUUGAUCUUCUAGCCAUAGAUAGUCUUGUUGACCGACACCACACAGUUCCUCUCUCUCUCUCUGAAGGCAUGGUUAGGAAUUUCAGCCUCAUUGGCUCCAAGUGCUUUUGAAGUGAGGUAUUCCUCACUGACUUUGUGUCUUCAGAGUCUGUUGUGCCUUUGUAGGCUACAUACACUGUUCACAGUGCCUUGCUGUGACUUCAUGCGGUGACUUCUGGAUCCAUGGUCUCAUUUACAGUUUCUGAUCUCUUUUCACAAUGAGAUGGGCUGGAAAACUUUAUUACUCCUACACCCUUACCAUUAAAAGUAGUGGUGAGUGAAAUACUACUGGCACCAUCAGCGAGACUGUCAGGCAUGUGUGGGUUUGCUAAUGGAGCGAAGGCGGGCAGGGGGUGUCUCAGCUAUGGUAGCUUUCUGCUACCAAUAAUGAAAUACUGUUGCACCACUGAGUGUGGCAGGUAAUGUGGUGGCCCUUCUGUGGGUGUGAGCUGGGCAGAAGUGAACUGUGCAGCUGGCCUUGAGUUGUUUGGCCUGCUGAUCCAGAAGGGGUUUGUAGUUUUUCUAGAUGUGAUGGCUCUGCAGUGGGCUCAGAAAGAAGAGGCAAUAACAAUAUAUUUUUGUCAGGGACGCAAGUAGCUGUGACUCACAAGGCUCCUGGGGCACCAUUUAGCAGAGUUAAAAGAUGCUGUUUUCAUUUAGUUGCUAUAUGACUACAUUUCUGAGUCUCUGUUCACUUUGUUCUUACAUAAUCCCCUCUUCCUGCAUUUACAGGCCCUAAUUUUCCCCUACCUUGCAUUUUCUGUUAGGUUUUUACAUCUGUGUGAGUGGUGGUAAAACUCAGCUCUUUUUAUGUGAUAGCAUUUAGCACAUAUGCUGUGUUUACUUGGCACAAGCAUAGAAGGCCAUAGCAGGGGCAAGGCAGUGGGGAAUCAAGCCAGUUGUUUACAUCUUCCUCCAAAGGGCUGGUGGGUCAAACAUCCUUCUCCUUGUCCACAGUGCUCUGCCAUUAACAGCUGUUAGUGAGUGUUGGUGCAUCAUAUUUUUUUCCCCUUGAGGCUGAGCACAUUAUCUCUACAACAUGCCAGCACCUUGCUGGGAACAUGCCACAGUUCUGUUUUCAGAGUGUUUUGUUAAUGCUAGUGACCUUGGUGGUGUGACCACAACACCUGCUUUACCUGAUAAGAUCAUUAAUUUUUUUCUCUGCAGCCUUUGUGUUGAGCGUAAGCAAAUCUUCAUUUCUACCUGGAAAACACUGCCCAACCAUCAGCUUACCAGAGCACUGACCUGUAUCUCCCGGUAUUUUUUAAGGCGUUAAAUAGGCAAUUAGGAGAAAUCACUUCAAUAAAAGCAGAAUGAACACAAGCCUCUCCUUAGAGGCAAUGGAGCAAGACAGUAUUGGAAUCAAUUGUGCAGCCUUUCAGCUGUCACUCUGCUGCUGCAGCAGCUGUCUGUCAGUCGAGGUGACAGCGGAGAGCUGAUCUAUACUCCUCUCUGAGCUACAGAGAUAAGCUGCACAUGCACAAUGAACGUGCUCCCAAAAUAAACACAUUGGGAAGAGCAGGGUAUUUUUUAAUGAUAAAUCCUCUUGCCCUGCUAACAAUUCCUCCUUCCCCCUCCUUUGUUGAUUUACCAGGUUGCUGUCACCCCUUGCCUCUUUUCUUGCAGUGGCUGUGUGUUCUCCUUUUGCCUUUUACCUUGUGGGUUUGUUUUUCUGCAUGCUGCUGCCUUGUAUGUCAGCGGCAGCAUCUCACCUCCUGCUGCAUCCCACCUCCUGCUGCAUCCCACCUCCUGCUGCAUCCCACCUCCUGCUGCAUCCUUUGGUCAAGGUAGGUCCUGUCCAUGGAGGAGACACAGAUGGUGCUGCCUUCCAGGCAGGGCCAUGGCUGCAGCUGGUGUCCUUAAAGUGCUGAUGGGAAUUGCUCAGAAAAGGUUUAAAUAGAUUUGAAACUCGGAGAGGAGUAGAGGAGCUUUAACUCCUGAGCUUCUAAUUCAAGCCAUACCCCAGUCCUUUGCACAGGAAGGACUCUAUGGUUUUUGUAUUUCCUUUUGCUUCUUUGUUCAUCAGGCAUAAGUUUAUUAAAUGAUAAGGUGGCUUCACCUUUCCUCUCUACAUUGUUUGCUCCAGUUUUGUUGUUCCACUACAGGAAUUCUGAUGUUAUUUGCAUGUAAGGGGCGAUCCUGAAGCUCUUCUCUCUUCCUCACUCCUGUGUUGGGUGUAGAUAAACAGAUUUCCUUGGCACAAAUCCUGUGCUGUGGGACUUUCUAUGUGUUCCCAUGCACAACUAUAUCCUGAUCAUAUGUCCUACAUGACAGGACUGUUCAGGCUGCUCUGCUAUCCAGUCAUGCUGGGGUUAAGGUUGCUCCUGUGCUUCUGCCUUGCUCUACAGUAACAGGCAUUUAUUUGUGUUUAGGAAGCUGAGAGUCUUGAGUGACCUCAUUUCCUCAGUAAAAUAUAGCAGUGUAAGCAUUGUGUCAUGGAAGUGAAGGGGACGACAGUGGCUCAGAAGAUUGAUUGUGUCACUCAUCCAGACUAAGAGCACAUACAUCAUUAAGGACUUGCUUCAAGGCCUUUCAAAAAGACCAGCAGAAACUAGCAGCUGGCAUAAAAAGAGGAAAAGCUGAUCUCUGAGAAACGUUUACAUGUAUAAAAAAAAAACCACAACCAAAUCCUAAAUCUUUUCAUUUUAAAAUGUAAUUUCAUUCUUUUUUUUAUGAUCUUGGUUGUACAACACUUGUAUGUAUUUUUCAGUUUUGUAUGAGGUCUACAAAGCUUGAAAUUGCAAGCAUUUAUUUCUCCAUCAUUCUGUGAGAUAGAGCCAAGUAAGUGUCAUUCCCAUUUUAUAGGUGAGAAAGUAAAGACAGAAGGAUCACUUCCAAGUGCUAAUUGCCUUUCAUGUAGCUGUGCUAGUUGAUGCUGGUUGUGCCCUUAGGUUCUAUCUUGGAAUAGCAGGUCAAAGUCUGAUGCCUAUGACAGGUAGCUCAGGACAUGUAAUGUCCCUGUCCUUGUGUCUUUAAAGUGCAGGUUAGUUGACCUCUUCCCUUUUCAACUGUUUUCUACUUAAACAAGGAUAAAUACAUUUUUGCCUGAAUAAGGUUUGCUAUGGGAUUCACGAGACCAAAUACUGCAUUAUGGGAUAUAUGGGGGUAAAAUCAGCAGCUCCCAUUUUCCAGGGCGGUGGCUUUGACUAGCUGACUCCUUUGAUAAUUUCAAAAGGCCUAAGAUAAAAGGAGCUUAGAAAAGAAAGACCUCUCAUUUCCUUCCAGAGGUACAGUGGAGGAGCAGGGAAGUGACACUGAGCUAUCACUGUUUCUAUAGCUCUCAGUUCAAUGAAUAUGCACUGCCAGAAAAUGCCAGUUUUCAGGCCUGUCAACAGAUAUUUUUCUUAAGUAUUUGAAGUACCUCAGCAAUGAUAUUUACAAAGCCUCUUGCACGCUGCCAAUCCUACCUUUCAAGUCUGGUUUUAGGAAAGUUUAAUACAGCUUCCUUAAAGUUAAGCCAAUAACUUAUCCCCAUGCAAUAGAAGUCCAUUCAUUUUAUAAAAAACGUUUGUUGGGGUUUUUUUUUAAGCUGUUGUGUGUAGCUUUCCAGAAAACAAUAUGUCUAAAGUAAGAUUUUGACAGCAAAAAUUUCAGCACCAUCAGUUAGUUGGAAACAUUCAUUUUCUUUCUGCUUCUAUCUCAGAGCAGAUCUUUCUUUGAUUUUUAACAGGCAGAGAGGGCAGAACAGCAGCAGCAUAUGUUGCAACUAUACAUAGAGAUUUGCUUUGUUUUCCAAUGAGUUUAUAAUUUCUGUCCAAAUUUAGGGCAUUACUGAGCUCUGGUUUCAAUUUUACUGCAAAGUCUUAACAAUAAAAUAUACAGAAGGCAUACAAAAAUACCUAAAAUUAAAAGCAGAAAUUAACAAAACCAGUCAUUUCUGAGAUAUAUUUUUAAAAAUCCUAAUAGUUUAAUUUAAACUGUUCUCUUAAUAAAAAAUAAGUGCCAUAAAUCCUGCUCACCUUAGCCACACUUAAUCCAUACCUACACCAAAUUUUCCUCAUGAGUUCACAUUUUACAUGAAAGCUUUCAGUACACAAACUCCUUACCAAGACGUUUGUGAAAUCCCAAUACUUUUAAUAGUUAAUGGAAAGAACGACUGCAUUCAGAAAUGUCAGACAUUAAAUAAUUAAGUAAUAGGCAUGUGCAGUAGAGAGAGACAUAGGCUGUGCACUCUGUGUUUCAGACCAGCUUGUGUUUGUACGAGGGCAGGAACAUCAGUAGGUUAUUGAUGGGGUGGGCCAAGCACAGGCAGGUCCCAUCACAAUUCUUCACUCUUGCCUGUGCCCUUUAUUUAACUGAUAGUUAAAUGCAAGAAAGAUAACCAAGGCACAAGAUAAAAUGAUGCUGUUUGGGAAUGCCUUUGAUAAACCCAAUUAGAUGUUAAUAGAGCUUGCAGGAGUGCUGCCUGAUCCUGCCAGCUGCUGACAACCACCAAGUGAACUUCAGGGAAAGCUGAGGCUCUUGCUGGUAGUUGGCACCAGCCUGGGCAACAACCGCAGCUCCUGGUGGAGCUUAAUUGAGUCUCUCCACAUAGGCUUUUCCUGCUAAUGUUUAACCUGUCUGAACUCCAGAUCAGUCCGAUUCCUCUGAGUAGAGGUUUCUAGCCAACAGGCUUGAAAACUAAAAACAGGAUAAAACAAACAAAACAACCCAAACUUAAAAAAGGGCAAUUAAAAGAAGAUGGGUGGCAGGGAAUACACAGAUUUGUACAGUUAAACUGUAGGCUUACUAGGGCAGCAACUCUUAACUGUGUCCAAGUUACAUGUGCCAUUAUAGAAACGCCUUUCUUGUUGGUAACCAUUCAGUAACCAUUCCUACAGCAAUGACAAUUUGUAACUGAAAGCCCCCAGAACACUUAACCCUAGAAGUCCUAGCUCAUUUCUAAACAGCUCCAAAGAGUGCCAAUGCUAUGAUGGAUGGCACCUUACCCAUCUCCUUUCCCGAAAAGUACAAGACUGCCAAUAUUUGUAAGCUUUACUCGCACAGGUCAGCAAAUGUAAUAGGCAAAUAUGCAGAGCAAAAUACAUUUUGAUUGAUUAGACUGGCUUUGGAGGGAAGGCACCUAGUUCUUUAUUACAGAUAUUUAUCUUGUAGUCUUUUCCACUCUGCUGGUUGUUAGUGUGUAUGGAUUCUUUUUCAUGUAUUUUUAAAUACUAAUAAGUGUGAGAGACACAGGAAAGACUUUACAGUGGAAUUUCUCUUAGUUUAAUUGAAAUGAGGUCAGAAAUAACACUGGCCUAAUAAUAUCUUGUUAAGCUCAAUAAUAUGAAUUUUUCCAAGCACUUGGUGCAUUAUGGAGAAUCAACGUAAAGUAUGUCAAAAGAAGUGCGACUAAGAAUCCUAUCUUUAUAAAUAUUUCAAGUGGAUAAAAACUAACACUUUUUUAUCUGCAUAAGCAUGCUUGGUGAAUACACCAGAAUCUUCCCAUCUAAAAUGGUCACCAAGAGGUGGUGCUAACUAUUUCCAAAUUCAAUACAAAGUUCUUCCCCUUUGUUGCACAAGCAAGUUCUUCUGCCUCAUCUUGCCCGCAAGUCUUCCUCAAAGCCUAUUCUUGAUAAAUAUGCAAUUCCCAACAGAUUAAUCUCAUCUUUUCAUGUUUCUUAUUUGCUGCCUUGACCUUUAGUUGCUCUUGUAUGCUAGUCUUUAGGUUUUCCCUGUGCUCCACUUGGUUGCAGCCAACUCUGAAUCAGAAACUUUUAGGAGCAUGAUUCCUGGGCCCAGAACUUUGGCUCCGCUCCCAAAGAGCUUACCUUUGUCUUUGUUCAAAGUUCUUUCAUCUUUACUGUAUUUUUCCAUUCUUUCUGGAAAUGGGACUUAACAUUGCUUCAAAACAAAUAAUUCAUUACACUCAAACUCAUCUUUAGUAGAACUUAUUUAAAAUUCUGCUUUUGAAAGCAAAAGGGAAAAUGUAAAGAAAGGAAAAGGUCAUAUAAAUAUAAAGCAAAGUCAGUUGAAUGGUAUAGACUUAUUCUGGUGACUUCAGUCUUUUAUCUUAAGCAAGGAUAUUCUUUUAGCUCAAUUGAUUUCAGAAUUCUAACUGAUGGGUAUUUUCUGUUUUCAGUGACUGUCUGGUUCAGAGCAGCAUCUCAUUAUUCCAGCCAGCAGAUAUUGUUAAUAUCUAGUAGCAGACAGUGCUAAUUCCCCUGAUGCAAGUCAUGACGUUAGAUUUACAUCAGUGGGGAGAACCAGGCUUGUGGCUACUCAGCUGUCACCGUUGCAGACUACGUUGUCCUAAGCCCUGUGCGGGAGCUGAGAAGUACCAAUGAGCCCUGGACCAGAGCAGGGCUGCAUGAGCCAAGGCUCCAUGCUGAAGAUCAAGUCCCUCCUCAUGUAGCUGUGAUACUCAGGGUGCAUAUUUGCAUUUGUAACAGCUUUUUUGAGCCUCUUUUCUUCUCCAGUGCUGCUUAUAAAAAUACACUUAACACUGAGGAUAUGCUAAGUGGGAAACUUCUGGGUUGUGUCUGGGAGCCUGGGCCUGGAGCGGGGCAUAAACUGUAGGAAGAGCACAGCUGCCAUCUCCAGCACCCCUGCCAUACAGCAUGGCCAGUUCAUGGCUUCAGGUCCCUCUUGAUUCCUGCUAGGGGGUAUGUCUAGGACAGCUGUGCUGGUUUGGUUCUCGCCUGGUUUUGGUAGCGGGGAGGGGCCCCAGGGGUGGCUCCUCCAAGAAGCCACUAAAAGCUCCCCCGGCUCAGGUGGCCAAGGCCGGGUCCUUUAGAAGGACAAGAGAUGCGCCUCCGCGAUUAACAUAUGAAAGAACUGAUAUAAGACCUGAGGAGAGAGCAAGCAGGGGAGAAAGAGCUGUGCGGGAGAGGUGAGAGCAGUGCUGGGGUUGAGAUCCUGAGGCUGGUGAGGAAGAAGGGGAAGAAAGGAGGUGCCCGAGUAGAAGUUCCCCUGCAGCCCAUGGCAAGAUGGCAGGCUGGCCCCCUGCACUCAUGGAGGAGCACAGUGGAACGUUACCUGAAGACUCCAGGAGGGACAAAUGUGGAUUUGCAGCCUGUGAACUUGGAUCUGCAGCUGUGGAGGACCCUGUGCCAAGGGAGUUGGCCUUUCCCGAAGGAGCCCGUGACCCUGUGGGAGGCCCAGGCUGGAGCAGCUCCAGACCUCGUGGGAAGGACUCAUGAAGGAGAGGUUCGUGAAGGACUCUCUCCCAUGGGAAGGACCCCGUGGGGAAGCAGGGAAGAACUGUGAGGAAUCCUUCUUCCCGAGGAGGAAGGAGCGGCAGGAACCACCAGCUUGUGAACUGACUCUAAACCCCAUCCCCUGCCCCCUGUGCUGCUGGGGGGAAGGAGGGAGAGAAACCGGGAACAAAGUGAUUUGGUCCCGGGGAAAGAAGGGAGGGGUGGGGAUAAGGUACUUAAGCACUGCUCUUUGUUUUGACUGUGUCCUGUGUACAUUUGAUUAGUGGUAAAUUAAUUUUUUUUUUCCCCAAGUUGAGUCUGUUUUGCCUGUGACCAUAAUCGGUGAGUGAACCCUCCUUGUCUUGACCCACGAGCUUCAAGUUGGCCUUUGUCCUCCCCACAGUGUGUGUGUGUGUGUGUGUGUGAGAGAGAGAGAGGUGGUGUGUGAGCAGCCACAUGGCUGGUUCUUUGUUGUCUUGCUAGGCCCAAACCAUGACACCAGAACACUUUUGGUAAGACACUGCCUCCUUGGAGGCCUAUUUCCUAAUAAUCAGAAACAAAAAAAAGCCAUGGGUGCCUCAAAGUGUAAUGUUGUGCUCCCUAAUGCCUUUGAAGGGCAUCCACAGCCCCAGAGUCUUUAUAAAGAAGCUUCCAAAAGCCUUUUUUGACCUAAAAAUACUGAAACUCUUAGGCCUCUGACAUAUUUGAAGAACCAGAGCGCCUGGCUGGGAGGUGAGGGCAGCCCAGAGAACUCCCUGCUGCGCCUCAGCUGGAGGACCUACAUCACUCACUCACAGAGCAGUGGCAUCCUUGGAGCAUUGCCACCUCCUUCCUGAGUCAGGAGGCCACAGGUCAUCAACCUGUUUGUUCCUCCUGCUCAGUUUUAUGAAUGUUUAGGGGACUGGGUUUUUUCCGCUCCUUGUCCCACCUUUCUCCAGAGGAGACAGUAAGCCUUGGGCUAAGACUCUUCCCUCGAAGCUUACAUAAUCGCCUGGGGCAAAACUGAGAAUAGACAUGUCAUUUCUGUGAUGAAUGGUAAUCAGAAAGCUGUGGAGGGAAGGUGGUGCUUAAAAUUGUAUUUUAAAAGUUCUUGGCUGGGACUGCAUUUCUUGAGGGCCUUGAUCCCAUGCUGUGUUAAUGUGCUGUAAGAAAACACAGCGGCUCAAGACUUUUAUGGGGACAGAGGCAAAGGAAUAUCCCACUUCGGCAUCUCCUUUGAAUUUAAGCACCUCAGAUCUGUAUCCCUAAAUUUUGGGCAGUUUUGGCUAUGGGCACCUUUUGAGCUUGGUAGCACCAGAGAGAAGCAACAAAUCAAGCCAUUUGAGAGGUGGCCACUUCACUACCGAGAAACAUAUUAUGUAGGUGAUGCCCAAAUUCCCAAGCUAUGCAGCCUGCUAGACUUAAGACAUGGUCAGUUUUCUCUGUAAGGGUCAAAGCACAAGAAGGCAUGCCUCAAGCAUUUAAUCUAGCACCUCUACAUCAGAUUUUCUUCUUUUUUUGGGCCUUCAGCCUGCCCUGAGUUAGUUGUUGUUACUGGUCCAUCCUCCUGCCUGUGGAAGGGCAGAAUCUUGUGCCCUUCCUCAUGUGGCCUUCAAUGUCAGUCUGAUGCUUUGCUGAGGUGUCAGUUUUCUGCUUCUGGACCCUGUACAGAGAGCAAUUAGCUUACUUUCACAGCCUGUCUGUCUUUUUUUUUUUCCCCUCCUUUUUUUUUCUUUUACUGAAAGGUACAACUCCUGAACUGCAGCUUCUAACAUGUGUGCGUCGCUCUCGAUAAGAUCUUGCUGACCCUGGAAGAGACUUUACAAAAGAAGGAAUUAUUUUGUUGAAUCAGUAUGAUUCAUGAGUAUUGAAACAUGGACAAAGAUCCUAGCAGGGGAAAUAGAAACCUGAUACAAGGAAAAGAUAUGCUGUUUGGGUACACAAAUUGGAAAUGCUGAGAUCCUUGUUACAGCUCUGGAGAAACUGGACCAGGUUAACCAUAUGAUCCAAGACAUAAUGGAGUGUGCACAUUAAUUUUGAAGACCUCACUAAAUCAGCAUCUUGAAACGUGAAACAGAUGUCCUGAGAUUGAGUAUUCAUCUUUGUCUCCAAUAGGUUUUAUACUAGCCUAGCUAGUGUUACAGAAGUUGGUGAAGCAACCAUCUUUCACUUAGUAUCAGCAGCAGACACACUAUAUGACAUCUGUAAAUUAACUUAAGAAACAGAUUCAUCUAAGAAGAGGAAAUUUUCUGACACAGGAUACAGGCAAGGGAAAAGAAAAGCACAGAACUGAGCAGAAAGUCAGACCUACUGUAAAUAAGCAUGGCCCUGAGAAAAAGCCCAGAGGAGCAGACUUGGAAACACACUGUCUGGGAAAGACUUGGUAGAAGCACAGAAACGGUCUUUGUUUUCUUAAUCCCUCCAGGGCUCAGAAAUUUUGUGAGGAACAGCAUUGCAUCCAUUUGUCCCAAGCAGAGCAGCUUGCAAAACUUCCACAUUUUUGGCCAGAAAGAGUCUUGGAUUUACUGUUUUGCAGCUGCUGUGGGACCAGGUUUUUAGACAUUUUAUAAUUGCAUCCUUUUUUCCCCCCCAAUUUAUUCCAUUUUAUCAGGUUGGUGGAGGACUGGUACAUACCAUCACUCCUCUGCCAGGCAGGAACAGAUGAGAAGCUUUGCGGGUUGCUGUCCUGUUGAGCAAGAAACCUGUGCUGCAGAAUUUUCUGAUUUUUUUAUUUAAUUUCUUUGCUUUACCUGCACACACUGUGUAUGUAGAUACAGACAGAAAACAGAUCUCAAGAAAAUACCUUGUCAAACUAUGUGCAACCAACAGCACCACAUGUUCCAUCGCUUAUUUAACCUUGGUAGAGACUGAAGAGAAUGAAGGUUAAAAUGCAGAUGUGUAUAAGAUUACGUAGUAGCAGUAUAUUUACAGUCUUUUCUACUAUAGACAAGACAAUUUCUGUCUAAAAUAUUUUUAAUCACUUGAAAGCUAUGGCAGAAAAAGAAAAAAAAGACAUUUUUAUGUCUUUCUGGUCUUACCCAGUUUAGACGCUUUCUUUUAUUCACUGUUUUAUUUAUUUACAUUGUAUUAGACAGUUCCAAUGUUUUCUCUCAAUUUUCCUGUUUCUUAAUGUUCCUAACAAAUACUCCAGCAAUAAAAGAUACAUGUACA